ACGACACUAUUCCUCUCGAAGCCAUGUCAGAAGCAACACUCUCGGAACGUGGGAGAGCCAUGGCUCGGACCAGUGUAAAAACGCGCCUUCAACCAAUUCUCUCCAACCUCUACCAUCCACAGGACAAUCCCGAAGGCCUUGUCGACAUGGGCACCGCCGAGAAUAUACGAACAACUCCUAAUGCUUUCACCUAUGGCGAAGGUCCUUGGGGAAGCAAGCGUCUUCGCACCGCCAUGGCCAACCACAUGAACAGAUAUUUCCACCCCAUCUCACAAGUCUCACCUCAAGAUUUGAUCUUUACGAACGGCAUCACCUCCAUGACCGAACUUNNUUUCGGGUACGCCGUGGCCUCGCCCGGCGACGGUAUACUCAUCUCCCGUCCCUCCUACCAAGCCUUUCCCGCAGACUUUGGCGCCAGAGCAGCACUCAAAUGCGUCUUUGUGACUUUUGGCUCCGUCGAUCAAUUCUCGGUGAACUGUGUGCGCAACUAUGAGACUGCACUCCUCGAGGCCAGGGAGCAAGGCACUCACGUCCGGGCCCUGCUGCUCUGUAACCCGCAUAACCCACUCGGCCGCUGCUAUCCUGUUGCCACAAUCAUUGCUUUGAUGCAGUUGUGCGAGAAGUACAACUUGCAUCUACUCGCCGAUGAGGUAUACGCCCUCUCCGUCUUUGACUCUUCUUCCCCUCACGAGCCUUUUCAUUCCGUCUUGUCCAUCGACAGCAAGCCCUACAUCUCUCCAAACCACUUGCACGUUCUCUACGGCAUGAGCAAAGACUUUGCUUGCGGGGGCUUGCGACUGGGCUGUCUAUACACCCGCAACACGGCGCUAAUGGACAGUAUAUCCGCCAUCUCGCAAUUCGGCUGGCCCGGCCCGCUGAACCAACUCUACGCCGCAGAAAUCCUCGAAGACGGCAUCUGGCUAGAAGCCUUUUUCGCAAACAGCAAAACCGUGCUGAAACAAAAGUACGAGGUUUGUACGCGAUUGCUCUCCUCUAGGAAUAUUUCUUGGUCUGGAGGCGUUUGUGCUGGGUUCUUUCUUUGGAUUGACCUUUCUCCCUUCCUUGACCUCUCUUCCCACACCGACCCCUGGGAAGCAGAAGACACACUGUAUGCAAAACUGCAAAACGAUCACAAAAUCUACAUGACAAAGGGCUCGUUGUUGCAAGCAGAGCAGCCGGGAUGGUUUCGCUUGGUCUUUGCGCAAGAGGAUGAAGUGCUGAAUGAAGGGUUCAAGAGGUUGUUUGCUGCUAUUGGGGUU